UAAUCGUGUAUUAUCGAAAUACGCGACGAUCGCGAUGAGUGUAUAUAUACGGAGUUCGGAAAAUGCUCUCCUUUUUUUGUUUUUCGUGAAGCAUCGGCGAUUCUGGAAAUUUGCUCGAGGAGCCGAUUCCUGGAAUCGCGUUUCGCGCCUCUGCUCAGCUGAUUCUCGGAAUUCGUGAUCGUGACAGCCGUUUACGAUCUUUAUCUAUCCGCGGAGUUUCGAUACUCAAAAUUGUUCGGAGAUAUCGCGCGCGACAGUUUGUCCUCGAAAUUCGGCCAACAAUUUUUUCUCCGAAGUGAUAAAAUUACGACGUCGUCAAAUAAUAAAAAUAAUCGGCGAACCUCUAUCUGCGCGAUUUUUCCGUCGUCAAGUAUUCAGUGAAAGAUAAAGUGUGUUAAGUGAAAUACAAAAUAUUCAGUGAAAUAUAAAUAUAGAAUAUAGUGAAUUAAAGUGUAUAAGUGACCAAAUCUGAAAUAAAAGGUCCUGUAAUAAUUAAGCAAACCAUGAAAAAAGCGGCGUCGCGAAAAAAGGAGCAUCGGUCUUGUUCGCGCGCGAAUAAAAGCUCUCGCGAUUCUCGCGUUUUACCGAAACGCGUCGAAAAUGUGAAGGCUAAAAUUCGGGCGUCGCCGCUCGUCGCAACGAAAAAAAGUAACGCGAGUGCAAAUAGUGUUCUGGAGCUCCUUCGAGGACAAUUUCCAAGGUUGGUUUCCUCCAAGAAAAAACCGGAGUACGCCGAGAUCGAAGAAUAUAAUCGAAAUGAACAAACCCCACAAAGAGCGCAGGAAGCAAAAUCUGUGAAAAAUAUAGGAAUAUCUUCCACUCCACGCAACAUGCCCAUGCUAACAACAUAGAUCUUCCUAAUAUGCUAGGAGGGAGCAUUCUCUAAAUUGAUUGAGAUGUUAGAAAACUAAUUUCUAGGAAUAUCUACAAUAAUAAUGGCAGAAAGCGCUACAGAGGACACUAAACUUUCAGUUAAUAAAAACGAUAUGUCUGAGACUUCUCCAACGACUUCUGCAACUAAUAAAGUUUCCUCUGAUGAAGAGAAGGAUGAACUUGCAGAUAUUGACAAAGCAUCUACAUCUAAAGAAGCUGCAGAUAACCAAAAUGAGAAAGUUGCCAAUGACACAGAUUUGCUUGAUAAAGAGGAACAAAAUUCUUUUAAAACUGAUUGUAACGGAGAUUCUAAAGAGGAAACUAAUCCCGGAAACGUCUCUUCUGAAAAGAUUGAAGCAGAAAUCAAAGAAAAUGUCAAGGAAAUUUCUUCUACGGAGGCAAAAUCUGGCAAUGAAGAAGUCACAGAAUGUCGCUCCGAUGUAGACGAAAGACUAGACGAGAUCUUAAAAGUUGUACACGGAGAUUUGCAAAUGAUUGAGAGAGUUGCCAGGAUUUCUACUCCCGUAAAAGACAACGACGAAGAUGAAAAUGGAAAAGAGCGGCAGACGGUAAGAAAGGAAGAAACUGUUUCGGAAGAUGAUGCAGUGGAUAGUUCGCAGAAAUGUACUACUUCCGCAACUUCAAAAAGUACAGAAGGCGAAAAGGAUUCAAAAAAUUUCUCGAUGAAAGCAGAAGAGAAAUCGGAAAUUGGAAUUGUUGGUUCUCCAACUACUAUCAGCGAGCUUAUUAAUGAGGAAGAGCUCAGAGGUGACUCUGCAUUAUCCGCCGAUCAAAAAGAUCACAUAGUAGAAUGGGUCGAGAAUUCGGUGAAGAUCAAUGCCGACGAGGAAAACAACGUUGCUGAAGAAUGUCAAUCACAAAUGUACGAGAAGGAUACUAUGGAAACAGGAAAACUGCAGAAGCUUGACGAUGUCCAUGUUAUAUCGUCCAGAAAGUCGCAAAAGAUUGUCAGCAACAUCAUAAAAAAGAGCAUCAAGUGGAUGCCGCAGUGUGCCGUAUCCACGUGCCGCAAUAGCCAUCGGCGGACCCGCAAGCAAUCGGUGCGCUACCACCGGUUCCCUCACAGAGCGGACGUGCGCGAGUCGUGGGUGCGCGCGUGCGGCCGUGAGCCUCUCGCGAACGGCGACGCGCCUUUCAACAUCAACACGGCGCGGGUCUGCUCGCGCCACUUCCUCGUCGAGUUCUACGAGGACGAGAGCCGGGAGCAGGUGAUGCAGGGCAACCAGAAGCGGAACCGGCUGCGAAACGGCGCCGUGCCGACAGUCGCGGUGCCGGUCCGCGUGGAGCCGCUCUUCGACCUCCUCAACGAGACCGAGAAGAAGAGGUCCGCGCAAGCGUCCCGGCUCAAGGUCCCGAAUCCGAAGCGCGUUCUCCUGCGGACGCAGGACUCCGGGAUCAAAGCCGCCAGCCUGGACCAGGUCGACGAGGGACCGCGCAGAUACGACGAAGAGGAUGACAAUGGUGAGGGUAGCAACAGCACCAACAAUAGCAGCAGCAGCAGCAGCGAUAGCAACAAUAGCGCCGCGAACGAAGCGAGUCUAGUGACGACUACUGUGAACGAAGAGGAAAAGUUGGAUACCAAGCUGAAGCAAAAGCUUUCCUUUUUACGGGCUCUCGGUCUCAUUGACCAACAAUUAUCGUGUUUGAACAGGAUGCACGCGAUGGAGGGCGCGACCGAAGGUAGGCGAAGGCAAGUGAACACGGCGGAGGAGAACGACGAGAAGACGCCAAAGUCGUCGUCGUCGUCGGAGAUACCCCAGAGUCAGCAGAACGGCGCCGCUCUUCCGGAAGAGACCGCCGCGGCGCCGACUGCGACCGCGAGUCGGGUUCGUGUGAAGAGGAAGGCGGAGUCCUCCGACACCGAGACGCCAGUCACGAAGAGCAGGCAGUUGCUGGCGACUACGUCGCGACAGAAGGUGGCUGCCGCGAGCAAUGUUACGCAACGUCAGGCCAAAGCUGCGUCCGUCGAGUCCGUCGAGACUAAGAAGCGGAAAUCUACCAACGGACAGCUGUCCGUGAAUCCCAGGAAGAAGUUUUGCAACGACGACGAACGAGAAGAGUAUAUCUCGCAGAUCGUCGGCAACGACAACGAGACAGUCGACGUACUUAUGGUGAGGGCGGAUCGGCUGCGAACCGACAUCUUGGCUCUCGAGAAUUUAGCACAUGCCAAAGAAAUGGAAUGGAACGAGAUUUUGAGAAAGAGGAAGCUGAAGGAGGAGGCGUAUGUGAGGCUCGAGAGGAAGAUACAAAUGACAGCUUACAUGGACAGCGACGGCCAGCUACCGGAUCCGUUGCCGCUUGCCACAUCGUCUUUGGGAUCUGCCGAGUGGGAUAAUAGCGACAACGCGAUUCCCUCAAGAGAGAAGUUUGAAUCUAAGGAAGAUUUAAUUGGAGAAAGAUCUUUGGACUCAUUGAAGAGGGAAAAGGGCGUGAAAUUUAGUCCACAGCAACGGAUAGUUCCUCCGAAGACCAACGGGGAAAACAGUCGUAAACGAAACCAAACAUCGAGUCCGGAGAGUCGGCAGAUCGGAGAAGGUCGUCAAGGUGCGAUAGUAGAUGUCAGAUCUAUCAUCGCUGAUCACAGGCUCAAACAUCCAGAAACGGUACCAAGAAGAGGACGAAGGAUGAGGAAUUCGGUAAAUGUUGCACUCGGAGCUGGCGGCGCCAUGGUUGAAACCGGACACAAUACCGACUCGAGACCAUCUAGCACAGAAUCGUGCAAAAGCAACCCGAGCACAAACGAUUCUAUGAACUACAAAGACAUACUAGUGCAAUUUGCCAAGAUGAGCCAACAAGGUGAAGGUACUGCGACUAAGGUGCCACAGAAUUAUCCGGACGUAACGCUUCACCCUGUAGCGGCACCCUCAUCCGCACCCCAGAAUACCGCGUCUCAGUCGACUGGUUCGUUGCUUCAUGGGAUUCUAACGAAAGCGCAAUCGCCAAGAUCUACCACUUUUUCACCUACUUUAGCGAGAUUACUCACCGCGCCUGAAAGAGAAAGGAGUUCUCCGGCGGCGGCGGCGAUGGCGUCUAUGUCGCAGCAGAGCGCCACGACCCAACACCUUUUGCAGACGUAUCAAGGCUCUAAUCUGGUUUCUAUAAACGAUAUCCUGUCUUCUUCCAAGGCUCGCACAGAGAUAACUAUAACUCCUGUCGUCAACUCCUCUGCGCAAUCUCACUCCAACGAUUUAAUUCAAGUGGAGGACGUGGAGGAAGAAGCAACAGUAAUCGACGAUAGGAAAGGAAGUUCUACGAGCGGAAGGGACGGUAAACAAAUGGCAAAGGACAAUCCGCCUUCACCGAGCGCUCCACCCAAAUGUCAAGGAUGUAUGAUUCGUCCUGCACAAUUCGUUUGCGCCGGAUGCGGAAACCAGUGGUAUUGCAGUCGUCAAUGUCAGCUUGCCGCAUGGGCAACGCAUUCCGAAUAUUGUUCGGACUACCCGCUUGAGUCCGAGAACAGCAAGGUCAAGUCCAACGUUUAACGCCCGACGUUCUGCAAUCAGUCGGGAUGUACAAUGGCAUCAGGCGAGAGAUAUCUGUAUAAUAUGAAUCUAGUCAAGGAAAGAAGCUCGAGGACAUAUUGAGCGAGAUGUUUGAAGAAGACGAAACGAGAGAUUUGAAGAUCCAUAUGCAUGAAGUUGAUAAUAACACCAUGCAUAUUGAUCUAAUGAUAAAGAUUUUUGCGGAGACAAAUUGAUGAUGUUGCCCUCUAUUGAAUAGAAAAAAAGCAUUUACUAACGCUUUAGAGCCCCUUCUCCCCUUCUCGAAGGAGAUUCUAUGUUCUCCUCUUUACAGAACAAAUUUGUGAAAUUUUUUGCAUUUGUCCGAAUUUUAGAUGAAGAAAACUAACUCUUCUCGAUGACCAAAAUUAAUAAGAAACAUUCAAUACCAUUGGUUACGAGCUUCGUAUGUUAUAUAUAAUUUUCUAGACUUUCUUACGUGGAUAUGUAUACAGACAAAUAUAUAUAAAUAUGCGCUAGUCGAAGAUUUCGUGUUCUCAAAAAACGGAUACAAGGGGAAAUAAAAGGCAAUCCCGAGGCGUAAAAGUAAAGCACAAUAGUAAGAGUAUCGCGAUGCUGUACAUAAUUUUAUACGAUUUAACAGAGUUGUUCAGCGUCGGAAUUUAGAAUGUCGGUUGAUAAUCGCGUGCCAUGCGUAAGAUCAGGGGCGGAUUGGGACUAUAAAUUAGUUCUGAAAAAGAUAUUGAGAAAUAUUUUCUCCAAUUUUUUUUAUUUAACACUCUCUUGUAUCGAAUAAAAUGCUCAUUAUAUUCUAUAACAAAAUACGUAUUACAUUUAUUAAGAUGAAAUAUUUCCAAUAUGUGCAAUUGUUUACACAUCAAUUGUUUACACAUCAACUUUUAUAUUGAAUGUAUUAAAAUAUAUACAUUUUCUUUUUAAAACUUAGACGCUUAAGUUAAAGAGAUAAGAGUUUUUUAUUUUUUUAUACUCAUGGAUUAUAUUUUGUUGCCAUCUCUGUUUUCUUUCUCUUCUUUGUUUUAUGUUGUAAAGAUGUAAAUUAUUGGACUAAAUAUUGAUCUUAAAAAUAUAUUGAGCUAAUAGAAUCGGUCACAAUAUAUGUAUUAUUUAUGCAGUAGCAAUGUAUUUUGUUAUCAAAAAUUAUAAUCAUAUUUUAUUCGAUACAUUAAAAAUAAAAAA